GCAUCUAUGAUUAGAUGUUUCAAGUUUGGCAACGUGUAACCUAUCUAUGGUGUAACCUAUAUGCUAUGCCUAUAUGGCAGUGGUAUUUAUAACCGAGCAAGAGCAUUUUGUAUUAUAUUGAUGUUUAUAUGGCUUUAGAAAGAUGACUUUAGCAGAAAUUAAUAAAAAAAUGGAUAAAAGCUUGCUUAAAGAAGAGAAAACAGAUCCUUCGCAACCUUUUACUUUGGAGAUUUUAAAAAUAAUUAAAGAAGCACAACAACAGCAUGGAUUGCGACAUGGAGAUUACCAACGGUACAGGGGGUAUUGCUCUCGCAGAAUUCGUAGACUACGAAAAGUAUUGAAACUUCCCCAGGGUGACAGGAGGCAUUUUAAAAAGAGAGAUGUUAAUGAAUCACAUCUUAACAAUCCGAAAGCAGAUGAGCGUUAUUUACACAUUCCAUUAGUAUUAGCAGAAAGAAAUUGGGCUUAUGCAAUGCAAUUAAGACAAGAAUCAAAUACUGAACCCAGGAAAAGGUUCCAUUUGAUUGCUAAAUUACGAAAAGCAUGCUUUUAUGCAUUACAGCUUGAAGACCUCUGUAAGUCUGAUCGUUGUGAUGCUCGUACAAAGCUAGAAUCACAAGCCUAUGUUUCUUGGAUACAUGGCACUCUGCAAUUUGAACUUCAACUUUGGGCUCCAGCUGUUGAAAAUCUGAAGAAGGCCCAAGUGGUUUAUGAGAAACUGGCCUCAGCUCUGCCUGCUGAAUUACAAACGCCAUAUAAACAAAAAGUUGAAGAAAUCACUCCUAGUCUACGUUAUUGUGCAUAUAAUAUAGGAGACAACAAGGGAGUUGAUCUGUUAGAGUUACGGAGUCAGGGAAUUUUGGAUAACCUUGACCAGUUCAUAUCACAAACUAAGGAAAAGUCAUUGGCCAUCUUACAUGAAAUAAAGUGGUAUGGAGUUAAGAUACCUAUUCAUUUGGAACGAGUUAAGUUGUUUUUAUUGAGCAUUGAGGGCCUUGACGAGUCCUUGAGCAGAACUGACGACCUGCAAGACAAAAUAAAACUUUUGGAGAAUAUGUUCAUUGAUUUGCGUGAUGUUAUAUCAUACGUACGCGAAGAAAAAUCGGAAAAUAAAAACAUUCAGUUGACACUUUCGUAUCUCUUAUCGAUACGUAUAGAACGUACUGUACAACGAAAUUUGUAUUUGAUCAGACUAACGAAGAAAGCGCAGGAAAUUGUACGUCUGUUUGACAUUAUUAUACAGCAAUUCACUGAACUUUCACAGUUUGAAGUUCUACACGAAAAUGCAGAAGCUCAGGAAGAUCUUGCUAAUCGUUUGGAAGCAUUUAAAACGUUAAGGUGUUUUUAUAUGGCAAAAGCACACGCGGGGGCUCGUAGAUUAAUCGAGGCUGUAUUAUUAUUCGAACGAGCCAGUGCUUAUGCUGAAAAAAUUAUUAAGAAGAAACUCCCAACAGAGCUGGAAGAUCUUGUAAGGGUCGUCGUUGAAAGCGCACUUGUUGAGAAAGGCGUUGCUCACGCUCAAUUUGUAAUAGAAAAAGAACAGGAGAACGAAGCUACUGCUCCAAUUAAAAUAUAUAAGAGCAAGAAACCGUUAAUCGAAAGAUUGGAUGAAUUUAGGGAGGAACCACAGCUUCUUACUAAAAAUCCAAACGUGGUCUCUGUUCCUCCUCCAAUGGAGCCUAUACCCUCAAAACCGCUUUUUUAUGAUUUGGCUCUUAACUUUGUUGAAAUACCUAAUCUCGAAGAUAAAAUUGAAAAUGAAAAACAAAAACAGAAACAAGGAGGUAUUUCUGGGUUUGUAAAAGGUUUGUGGGGAUGGGGAGGCAGUAAUAAUAAAUAAUGGGCUAAAAUUUACUUUCUGAGAUCAAUAAAUGUAUUUACUGAC